GCUGCGCCGCUUGGCGUCAGCACUAUUUCGAUGCUUCAAUAUUAUCUGUGGCGAUGCGCUUCCUUACGGAUCCUCGAGGCCUCGGUGACCCAAAAUCUGAGGAGGUCCCUCUGCUUGUGAUCGGGGCAGGGCUCCCUCGCGCUGCCACAUCAUCAAUGCAGGCUGCCUUUGAGAAGCUAGGCUGCGGACCAUGCAUGCACAUGGCAGAGAUCCUCCCUCAUCCUUCUCGUUUGCGCCUCUUCAUCGCUGCGUUGCGUGAGAAGAAUCCCGAAGUUCGGCAGAAGAUGGUUAAGCAACUCAUUCACGGGCAUCGCUCCAUCUGUGAUCUUCCUGUCGUGUACUUCACGCCCGAUAUGAUGGAUGCGUAUCCAGACGCCAAGAUCGUUUUGAACCAACGACCUGAUCCCGAGGUCUGGGCUAAGAGCGCUGAAGAGAGCUUCUGGUUCUUCUUCAGUCCUUGGUUCUACUGGGUUGGUCUGCUCUGGUCUUCUGAUCGGAUGUGGUAUACACUCAAUAUGGAGAGCAUCAAAAUGGGCAAAGAGAAGUAUGGUUCAGCCAAUAUCUUCUCCGCGGAUAUGUAUAACAAGUAUAACGAGGAGGUGUUGGCUGAGGCGAAGAAGCGCAAUCGAGAGGUUCUCCAGUUCAAGGCAGAGGAUGGAUGGGAGCCGCUUUGCAAAUUUUUGGGCAAGGAUGUUCCGAGUGAGCCUUUUCCGCGAUUGAAUGAGAAGAAGACUUUUCAGAUUGUGAGAUACAUAUUCAUUGCGAAGGGCGUUUUGUCUUGGGUAGCACUUUUUGGCGCGACGUGGGGACUUUGGAGAGUCGCGUCUUGGUAUAUGUAACUCCACGCGUGUAUUCAGCCUCCAUUAUCCAAAUAGUAUUUCAAAGCAUAAGAAUAUCGUCAUAAAAAGCAAAAAAAAAAAA